GCAACACAUUUUUUUAGCAGAAAAAGAAAGAAAAAAGGGGAAAAGCAAAACAAUGAGUAGAAGAAAUGGAAGUGGUCCAAAGCUUGACUUAAAACUGAACCUAUCACCACCACCAAGGGUUGUUGAAUCAUCAUCAUCAUCACCAACAAGAUCAGCAACAGUUUCACCAACAUCACCACCAAGUUCAUGUGUAUCAACUGAACUAAACCAAGAAGAUGAAACAACCAACAAUCUUCAAAGAUACUCUAACAGCCCUGAAACAACUUCCAUGGUCUUAGUAGGUUGUCCACGUUGUCUUAUGUAUGUCAUGCUUUCUGAAGAUGAUCCUAAGUGUCCUAAAUGCAAAAGCACUGUUUUGCUUGAUUUUCUUCAUGAAAACAACAACAACAACAUUACCAAAAGAAGGAAUUAAUAAGAGUAAAAAAAACUACUCUGUUUGCAAGUUCUGCAUUCUCUGCUUCUAGUAGGACAUGUUUGUUAUCUUAGCUUUUUUAACUUAGGAAUCUCUAUUUCAAUAUGUUUCUUUUUCUGUUAGUUUUAAAUUUUAAUCCUUGUUUAUGCUUUUUUUUUUAUAACAAUUUGUAUGAAUAGUGCUACUUGCACCCCACUUUUUGCUUUUCUUCCAUCUACUUGUUUAAUGCAAGAAAAGGAGAUAGAUAAGAGUGGAGUGUAAAUAGCACUAUUAUAUAUAGUAUCUAUGAGAAAAUUGGGAAUGCUAGGGAAGUCUAUGUAACUCUAUAUGAGAUUUGGGUUCAACUUUUCUGCUUUUCAGCAGCAAAAUAUGUAUUAGGACUUAACCUCUUCAUGUACCUUCUUAGUAUGUUUUAUUGAAAUUUUAGAUGGAAUCAACCUUUGUAUUAUUAGUU